AUGGGAAGAGAAUCAGCGGCCGAUCACCCUUCAACUAAUCCCCAAAACGUGACUGUUGUGCUAGAUCUGACGGCUGAUGAAGAAGAUGGAGCAGCAGAUGUGACCGUUGAUGGCAACGCACCACAACCAUCAGCCACACCAGCUGCAGCAAAGGCGGCAAGCGCAGAAAACGCAGCAAGCGCAGCGGCGCCACGAGAGGCAGCCAUGCCGCAGGCCUCUCAAGCGCCACAAGCCCCGGCUGCCUCGCUGCCGUUUGAUUUCCAGCCGUUUUGGAGCCUCGCCCCCUCGCCCUGUUUUCAUCCCCUCUCCUUGUUUUCAUCCCCUCUCCCUGUUUUCAUCCCCUCUCCUUGUUUUCAUCCCCUCUCCCUGUUUUCAUCCUCUCUCCCUGUUUUCAUCCCCUCUCCCUGUUUUCAUCCCCUCUCCCCGUUUUCAUCCCCUCUCCCUGUUUUCAUCCCCUCUCCCUGUUUUCAUCCCCUCUCCCUGUUUUCAUCCCCUCUCCCUGUUUUCAUCCUCUCUCCCUGUUUUCAUCCCCUCUCCCUGUUUUCAUCCCCUCUCCCUUUUUUCAUCCUCUCUCUCCUCCCUCUCGGCAUCAUGACUGCUUAUCUCUCCCUCUCGCAUUCAUCUUCUGGUUCUCCCUCUCUCCCCCUCCCUCUCCCCCUCCCUCUCCCCUCCCUCACAGUGGACCUCUCCUCAACCGUCGAUGCCUCUCUCCUUCCUCUCGGCACCGUGACGGCUCAACUCUCCCUCACUGCUGUCACCCAGGUCUCCCUCGCUGCCACCUCCCUCACUCAUCUCGCCGCCAAUACCACCGUGCCUAGCACCGCACCUCCCACCGCACCUACUGCCGCACCUACUGCCGCACCUACCGCCGCACCUACUGCCAGACCUACUGCUGGUGGGGAUCCCACCGCUCCUGUGAACGCGCUCAUACUACAGGAGAGUCGUCGCAGCGACCAGGGGGCAUGGCCGGCAGUGUUCACGCACGCGCUGCACUCCCCCUCGGGCAUCUCCUUCCCGUACGCCGCCUUCUUCCUGCUGGGCCCUGGCUGGGCGCGUGGUGGUGCUGAGGGCGGUGGUGCGGGUGGUGCUGAGGGCGGUGGUGCGGGUGGUGCUGAGGGCGGUGGUGCGGGUGGUGCUGCGGGCGGUGCAUGUGGGGAAUAUGGUAUAGAUGGUGGUCGUGGCAACGGUGGUGGCAACAGUGGUGGCAGCGGUGGUGGCAACGGUGGGGGGGCAGGAGACGCGUUUGCAGCGUAUGUGGGGGUGAGGAUGAGUGUGUGCGAUGUGAUGUGCGAUGUGGUGCUGCCGGGUGUGGCUCGAGUCAGCUUCUACUCCUCUCACCUCAUGUCGCCCGCAUGUCAGAAGUGA